GAGUCAACAGGCUGUACGGGGCGCAGACGUAACAUCACUACGACUGGAUAACAAAAACAAAGCAGUGGGUUAACACACCGAGGACACUCACACAACUUUUGCUCACAGGAAAAUCAUUUUUAGAAAACAUAACUUUUUAUUAUUUUAACACAAAUUUAACCGGCUGGGAUGUGACUUUCAUGCAGACUUUGCGCCAAGGCGGAGGACUAUUUUCCCGGACAGAUUGAUCUGUAUUCGAUCGAAUUUCAUUGGCAAAGUUGCAACUUUUUACAGGCGACAGGUUCGUCACAUUUACAUGACAUUGUAACACUUGGCUCCGUCACCUCUCGACCAUGGCGGAAGCGGCCCAGCAGCCACACCUGGUGGAAAUCGACCCGGAUUUUGAGCCCCUGUCGCGGCCCCGUUCAUGCACUUGGCCUUUGCCCCGGCCGGAGUUCAUCAACCCGGGCGACUCCAACACGUCCUCCCCGGUGCCGUCUGUGAAGCAGGAGCCCACCGGCAACGACUUCAUCAACAACCUCAGCCUGCUCGAGGAGACCGAGGACUUCACGGAGCAGAAGCCUGUCAUCCUGUGCAGCGAUUUUCAAUGUCAGGAGAACUGUGUCCACCAACAACCUCCACAGCAGCUCCAUCAUCAGCAGCAGCAGCAGCAGCAUCAGCAGCACCAGAACCCGCAACUCCCGCAUCAGCAGCAGCAGCAGCAGGUGCCUCUGCUCUCCUCCCCGGUAGGCUCCUCGUCCUCGGCCGCCGCUGCCGCCGCUGCCCAGAGAAAGAGCAGCUCCUCCCGGCGAAACGCAUGGGGGAAUAUGUCAUAUGCAGACCUUAUAACCAAAGCUAUCGAAAGUUCCCCUGAGAACCGACUAACUUUGUCUCAGAUUUACGACUGGAUGGUGAAGAGUGUGCCUUACUUCAAGGACAAAGGAGACAGCAACAGCUCUGCAGGCUGGAAGAACUCCAUUAGACACAACCUGUCACUGCACAGCCGCUUUAUUCGUGUCCAGAAUGAGGGGACGGGAAAGAGCUCGUGGUGGAUGCUGAACCCGGAGGGGGGGAAGAGCGGCAAGUCCCCGCGGCGCAGAGCCGCCUCGAUGGACAACAACAGCAAGCUCACCAAGAGCAGAGGAAGAGCAGCUAAGAAAAAGCUGUCCCUUCAGGGAGGACCUGACGGAGGCGCAGACAGCCCCGGCUCCUACUCCAAGUGGCCCGGCAGCCCCAACUCCCACAGCAACGACGACUUUGAUGCGUGGAACAGCUUCAGGCCUCGGACCAGCUCCAACGCCAGCACUCUGAGCGGCCGCCUGUCGCCCUUCAUGCCCGAGGACGAGCUCGGGGAUGCAGACGUACACAUGGGCUACCCAGGAGCCGCCGGAGCCAAGAUGACCGCCACGCUGCCCAGCCUCACAGAGAUGACGGGCUCUCUGGGACACAGCUCUAAGAACGUCAUGGACAACCUUCUGGACAACCUUAACUUGCUUUCGCCCAACAACUCUCAGGUUGGAGGCGGGGCGACGACCCCCGGAUCCUCCCAGUCCUCCCCCUCUCCGAUGAUGCAGCCGAGCCCUGGGUACCCCGCCUACAGCUCCCCCAGCAUGGCCGCGCAGCCUCAGCAGGAUUACCGCAAGUGUGUGUACGGCCAAGCAGGAAUGAACAGCAUGUCGUCCAUGUCUAUGCAGACGCUGCCUGAGAGUAAGCCCAGCUUCGGGCCCAGUAUGGGUCAGUACAGCUGCCCCGCAGGGCUCCUGAAGGAGCUGCUGACGUCAGACACAGACCAGCACGGAGACCUCAUGCCGUCAGUGGACACCGUGGUGUCUCAGUCCAGCGGAGGAUGCAUGCUGCCGCCGUACAGCAGCAGCCAGCAUGCAGCCAAACUCAUGGGAGGAGGGAGUGUACAUCCGCACGGUCACUCUCACCCUCACCCCCACAAUGUGCACAGCCAGGCCCCGGUCACGUCACAAGCUAUGAAUGGCCGGUUGCUCAUGUCCCUGAGCCACGGUGGGGGCAACACACGUUUGCCUACAGUCAAAAGCCCCAUGCAGAUGCCUUACGGUCUCUCCAGCCACCUCAGUGUGGGAGGCAUGCCGGGGGGCUUCUGCCCUCUCAACACCAACGGAUACGGCCGACAGGGAAUGCCACAGCCCCUGCACCCGGAGAAGCUGCCCAGCGACCUGGACGACAUGUCCAUCGAGAAGUUUGAGUUUGACAUGGAGACGGUGCUCCAUGACACUCUGAUGGAUGGGGACUCCCUGGACUUCAACUUCGAGCCAAUGGUGACCCAGCAAGGUUUCCCCCACGGAGUGAAGACCACCACACACAGCUGGGUGUCAGGGUAAAUGUGCUGUUGCUCUUUUGGUAAAAGGCACACCCAGAACUAAUUUGACACAAAACAAGUGUAUGUCAGGAUGUUUCAUCCUCAGCCUAACUCCAGCCGCUCUACCAUCAACAUUUCUGUUUUACGAAAAACACUUUUGGGAUAAAUUCUGCAGACUGACACUGGCCGUGAUCAGCGUGAGAGCCCCGGAACUGGUGAAGAUAACAUCUGAAUUAUUUUUUUGAAAUAUAAAAUAUCCUGUACAAACUAAGUGCCAAACAUGUUUUGCCUUAAACUAAGAGCCAAACUGAAACACACCUCUCUAGUUUACUCAAGGUCACAGAUGCUAUACUGUGGUUGUGUCUCUGUCACUGCCAACUACAUCUCAUCAGCAGCAGCACAAUCUGUAGAAGUGCACAAGCUCAACCCAUGAUGUUUACUGUGUUUCCACAAUCAAACUUUUCUAUGUACAGUGCAGUGAUAAUUAAUAACCAUUACAGAAGAAUUAUGAAGGUAAUCUGGAUCAUGGGUUUGUGGACUGAGAGAGAGACUUCUCAAGGAUGAUGUUACAAAAUGACUCACUUUGUUAUUGCCUGAAUAUACUUAAUGUCAUCAUACAGUUUGUAAAAUCAGGCCUCUUAUUUUCUAAGACUGUAAAUAUUGUUUACAGAGCAGAAACAAGUCAAGGCAGCAGAAAUGAGCUCACGUUGAAAACUGGAUUGGACUCUUUCAAACACAUUGUGUGGACAGAUCUGUGCUUGAAGAUUCUUCUCUAUCAGGCUGUAAAAAUGAUAACACACUUUUUUGAUUUCUUGUACAUACAUUAAGAAUGUAUAUUAAAAUGAUGUAGUGGAUGUUUACUGGAUUUAGUAUAUAUUUGAGACCUAAAUUAUUUGUGGCUAUUAUAGAUAGAUGCUGGUGCAGAACCUGCACUUAGAAUUGUUCUGAGUCUCUGUCACUCUGAACCUUAAUACCACAGGGGCCUAUUUAUUGUGCCUAACAAAGGAGAUGGCGUCUGCAGCUUGAAGGGUUUUAUAUUGUAAAUGUCUACGGUCCAGAAGAUACUAAAAUCCAGCAGUUUUGAAGAAAAGUAUGGUGCAUUCUUUUUUUUUUAAGCUCCCACUUUUCUGAUUUUAAAAGUCAUGAAGAAACGAGUGACUGUACAUUGUUAUCGCUAAGGUUUCCUGAAUGCUUCGCAGCUCUGUGAAUGUUUAAAGGUCAAGGCAGGUCGCUGGGUAAAAUGUUUUUGUCAGUGCUGCUGUUGCUUUCAUACCGGGGCUGAGUCCAAGACUUGCCAGAGAUUGUCCUCAAAGACACUGUGAGUAUCCAGCCUGUCCUGUUCAGUUUCAGAACUUAUUUUGUUUUUACAUUUUCUGUCUCAUAAGGUCAGUGUGACUGAUUUAAAUUAGUAGAAUGUGAUUCCUUUGUGUCCAAAAAGCUGUCUGAUGCUAUAAGUUGGAUCAGCUUUACUGCUUUUUAUGAGACUCCACUUUCACUCUGCCCCUCCUACCUCUACCCAUCUACAAGUCUCAUUACAUAAAUAUAACAUGUGACUUCAUAGCUCAAAUCAUCUUAACAAGUCUAUUUUGAUUCUUUUUUGCCCCUGAAAAGCGCCACUAAGUGUUAAGUAUUUUAUUGAGCGUGUAUAUUUGCAUUUUCUGACUUGCUUUUCCCACUUAUUGAUGUACUAACAAUGAGCUUGUCAGCCUUUCAGUGAACUUUUAUGCUGAGUCACAAAUUGUGUACAAGAUCGUGGCUUACCUUUGUGAAGAUGCUGUCUGAUGACAUGACCGCUCCUAAUGAAGUCUUGCUGGUUUAAAAAUAACAAACUGAAUCUGCCUACUCUACAUUAAUGCUAAUUGCAUGAUUUAUCCAGAAACCACAUAUAUCAGCGUGUGUUUGAUCACCUUGCCAAGGGCUCUUGAGUAUGCGGUUUUUCAUUCAAGCACUAAUGACUUGGAGUAAUGACCAGGGGAAAUCUCUUUAAUUAGUUUGAGUGUUUGAUUGAAAUGAAAAUGUGUGUACUCCAGAGCAGUAAUGGCACCUGAUCUUACACUGCUGACUUAGAUUUCUAAGAAAGCUAGCGAGCGGGGCAGGUUUAAGAAGAAAAAAUAGAUAUUCUUUGAAACAUUUCAAAAGGCUGUUUAAGAAGCUGCUGUUUGGCUUUGUGCCAGGUGUUGCCUUUUCUUACCCAAACAUGCCAUAAUGUACUAUAGCCAAAUUUGCCUUUGAAGUCAUAGUGAUAUAUUGAUCAUUUUUAUCAUGUGAUAUGUUCAGAUUUAUAUAUAUUUGUGCCGGUCACUCAAGCCAGGAUAAACUGUAAUGAAUCCAUGUAGUCAGUGUCACAGGAUUCACUCUAAAGUUAAAGAGCUGUACUAAGUAAAUUAUAUCUUUACAUUUUUAAAUGAUUGAAUCUAUGCAUUGUAUUCCUUAAUUUUAUGUUGCUAUUGUUAUAUUUUUCAUUUUCUUUGAACUUAUGACAGAGAUAUUUUAUUGUAACAUAGCGCUGUGAGAUAUUAUGGUGUUGUUGUUGUCAAAACUCUAUGUUCCAAAUAGUUAUAUGGGAAAAAAUGAAGUUUAUUUAGAAAAUAGAUGAUGCAGUAAUUAAUAUGCUAAGCUUUUGUAAACUGACAUUGUUGUAUUUCUUGUAUUUAGAUAACGUUUUUAGAAAAUAGCAUCAAAAAGCAAAUCACUCAAAUAAAUGGAAAGAGAUAUUGCAUUUUUUAAAUGAAAAACAAAACAUUUAGUCUGUCAGAGAAAGUUCUGGACAAUUCUUUUUGUAAUUUUAUGAUAGAGAGAUAUCACACUUUUACUUACAUAUCCUCGUAAAAAGAGGAAGAGUUCCCAAUACAUAUUUUAAAAUAAAGCUCUGUUACAUUGAACUCAUAUACAGGAGUAAAUUGGAAUUUUGCUGUGUGAUUUGCAAUCAAUAAGAAUAUGUAACUUGUUCAAUAUUAAUGUAUUAAGACCUGAAUAAAUGUACUUCUGUGUUAAAAA